UCGUGUAGCCCACCAUGGUCAAUGCUAAUGGAGAAAACAGUAUCUGGAUAAAUAACAUUGAAGUCACGUGAACCCGUAGUUUAACCUCACGCGUUUUAUGAUAAGAUAAGAGUCCCUAACCUAUGUCGUCAUCGGCUUCAGUCGACCCGUCGUAGCUGCUCAGAGGACACGAAAUUGCGUCGAGUUUUACUAUACAAAUACGAAAGUCUCCUCUCCCUGCCUCUUACAAACAUCAGAAAUAUGGCUCCUUGGACAUCUAAACCGGCGACAGCUCAAGACCAUGAACAUGAUCUUAGUUCAAUGUUGGAGAUUGAGGAACGUGUUGACCUGACGCUCCUCAUUGCUGACAUCACAGAGGUCAUGCAAAAACAAAUCUGUGACAACCUUGAUGCUUCUACUACCACAGAAGAAACUCCAGAUAGAGCCUCAAAAGUUGGUGAUAAGAAUGAUAAUGCAAAUCAUAGUCAGCCGAAGGAGGAAUCGGAAGAAGAGGAGAAGGCUCGGAAACUACGGGGGAAAAGGGAGAAAGAAUUAUCGGCGCCCAAAAUGCUACAGCUUAAACAUGAUGCUCUCAAGUUCUUCCAAGAAUGGCAAGAAGCUGUGAUUUCGAGAAUUGGGACGGUUGUCAACAAUCCAAAGGAAGUCACAGAAGAUCAGAAGAAAAAAGCCAGCGCGAAUUCUACCCCUGAUGCACCGUCGAAAACCAAGGUCGUUAGUAUGUAGUAUCAUAUAUUGCUUUAAGCUUUCACCUGCUUUGGGUAAUUCAGUGAUUAACUCUCACAGGACAAACUACGAAUGUUGUAGAAGCAGAUGCAGCUUUGAUUGAGCUUUACCCACCAACAUCCACGCCUCUUUACUCUUUACCAGAAGAGAAACGAGUGAUGCUCCUACACGCCAUGCUACUGCUUCUUCUUUCUCUGGAACAUUACACUGCCCAUUCACGUAUUCUUUUGCUCCACACAGCAUCGUCUCUACACCUUCCUCUCCAUAUUCUUGCCGAGACAGAGGUGAAGGUUGCACAAGGGCUGGUAGAAGCCGCCAAAAAGAUGUCUGGCAACGAAGAGACACAGAAACGGAGCGAAGAGAACAAAAUAGCUCGAAGAUGGAAGGUAGGACUCGCUGGUGUUGCAGGCGCUGCGAUAGUGGGUGUCACAGGUGGUCUUGCGGCUCCAUUAGUUGCGGGAGCUUUAGGGACCGUAAUGGGUGGGCUUGGCCUUGGUGCGACUACGGCCGCAGGCUUGUUGGGGGCUCUUGCCGAGAGUGGAAUUAUUGUUGGAAGUCUCUUUGGUGCUUAUGGUGCUAGUAUGACGGGCAAGAUGAUGGAUGCUUAUGCAAAAGAGGUUUCCGACUUUGCAUUUCUUCCUCUCAAGGGAUCGCAACAUCAAAGGCCCCUCAAGGAAAUAGCAGCAAAAGAUCGGAGGUUGAGGGUCACAAUAGGCGUUAGUGGUUGGCUGACCCAGAAAGAAGAUGUCGUCACACCAUGGCGAGUUCUUGGGCAUCAAAGUGAAGUCUUUGCUCUGCGAUAUGAACUCGAAGCCCUAUCCAAACUCGGCAUGUCGCUGGAAUCCAUGGUAAAAAGUGCAGCUUGGUCUAUCGCCAAGAAAGAGAUUAUCUCUAGAACGAUAUUCGCCAGCUUAAUGACUGCUCUCUGGCCGCUUGGACUUUUGAAAAUUUCAAAAAUUGUAGACAAUCCAUUCUCGGUCGCCAAGAAUCGAGCAGAUAAAGCAGGUUUAGUCCUUGCAGAUGCACUUAUCAAUAAAGCACAGGGAGAGAGACCAGUUACUUUGAUUGGAUACAGUCUAGGAGCUAGGCUGAUUUACUCGUGCUUGAUGAGCCUUGCAGAACGCCGUGCCUUUGGUUUGGUAGAGUCAGUUCAAUCUCCUACCUCGAUUCAUCGUUGAAUUAUAUUCCUGUACUAAUUCGCAGCGUCUUUAAAUUACGCGGCAACAGACUAUGCUAACAUUCUGAUUCCAGAUCAGCAGUGCUAAUUGGAGCGCCUGCUCCGUCGGACGCAGCUGCGUGGCGAUCUAUGCGCAGUGUUGUCUCAGGAAGACUCGUAAAUGUAUAUUCCGAGAAUGAUUACAUUCUCGCUUUCCUGUACCGUACCAGCAGCAUACAAUUUGGCGUAGCUGGUCUUCAAGAAGCCCAAGAAGUCAAAGGGAUUGAAAACGUCAAUGUAAGCGAAAUGGUCAAUGGGCACUUACGUUAUCAAUAUCUCGUGGGUACAAUUUUGGAAAAGAUAGGAUUUGAGGAUAUUGAUAUGGAAGAGGUUGCGAAAGAAGAAGAGACGUUGGAGCUAUUAGAGCAGCAGGAGAGAAAAGAGGAAGAGGAGAAGGGAAAUAUCGAUCAUGUGGAUCCUGAGGCUGAGGUUACGAAAAUGGAAAAGGAUGUCCAGCGGAAAACUGCUGAGACUAUGAUGCAACAAGGGGCGGAAAAGUUGCACAUUAAUUAAGUGUGAAGUGGUUUUGCUUAGUUCAGGUUUAGAUACAUAUACUGGGAGUGAGUAGGAAGAUAGUCUUGGGCAUUCAUUAAUGGGUUUAAA